GCUGCUGCUGGUGCUGCCCUCCAUCCAAUACCGAUCCCAACCGCUCCGAGUCGAGUCGAUUCGAUUCUAUUCGCUCCGAUCCGAUCCGAUCCGUUUGAAUCGCAGCGACUUUUUUCCUACGCAGAGUUACCACAUCGCCCGAUAUAGCACUGUUCACAGCCCAAUUGCACUUGGAGCAGGUUGUCGAGAAGACGAGCGACCAUGGCGGAGGACACAAGUUCGCCGAUGGACAGAUUUUGCGGUUCCACAUUCUGGAACGCUUCGGAGACAUGGUGGACCGACGAUCCGGACUUUACGCCGUGCUUUGAGCAGACGGUGCUGGUCUGGACGCCCUGCGCCUUCUACUGGUGCUUCGUGAUCUUCGACUUCUACUAUCUGAAGGCGAGUCUGGACAGGAACAUACCCUGGAACAAGCUGAACGUGAGCAAGGCCCUGGUGAAUCUGGGUCUGCUGGUGAUCACUGCCCUGGACCUGAUAAUGGCCCUGAUCAAGAAGGGCGGCGACUCCGAGCUGCCGCUGUACGACUUGGAUGUGUGGGGUCCCAUCAUCAAGUUCGCCACCUUCCUGCUGAUCUUUAUAUUCAUCCCGCUGAAUCGCAAGUACGGAGUGCAGACCACGGGAUGCCAAUUCCUGUUCUGGUUCCUGCUGACCGUGCUCUCGAUUCCGCGCUGCCGCACUGAGGUUCGGCAAGAUGCGGACCGCCAGAAGAUCCUGGACUCGCAACAGGACACGGAGCACAACUUCUUCUGGGAGGAGUACCAGUUCGUCAGCUUCUUCGUCUCAUUCACCUUCACCUGCAUCAUGCUGAUCCUCAACUGCUUUGCGGACGGCAUGCCCAAGCAAACCAAGUAUCAGAGGGGAGAGAACGAGAUACCCGAGCUGUCGGCCAGUUUCAUCUCGAGGAUCACCUACCGGUGGUUCGAUAGCAUGGCCCUCAAGGGCUACCGCAACCCGCUGGAGGAGAAGGACCUCUGGGACCUGCGGCCGCAGGACAGCUGCUCCGAGGUGAUGCCCAUCUUUGCCCACCACUGGAACCAGAACGUGCGUAAGAACUACAAGGGCAGGGCCCGCGUGGAGCCGAAGGCGCAGUUUAGCAACGGACACGUGACCUUCGAGAAUCCCCAUGGCGAGAAGAAUGGCCGCAAGAAGGGCAUGGCCAGCAUUAUGCCGCCCAUCUACCGAUCCUUCGGAGGCGUUUUCCUGUUUGGCUCCCUCAUGAAGCUGUUCACCGAUGUCCUGACAUUCGCCCAGCCGCAGGUCCUCAGCCUGAUCAUUGGCUUCGUCGAGGCCCACGAAACGGAUCCGCAGCCCGAGUGGAAGGGCAUCAUGUACUCCGUGUUGCUUUUCGUAUUGGCCGCUGCACAGACCUUUAUUCUGGGUCAGUACUUCCACCGCAUGUUCAUCGUGGGCCUGCGCAUCAGGACAGCUCUGAUCAACGCCAUCUACCGCAAGGCCCUGCGCAUUUCAAACUCCACCAAAAAGGAAUCGACCGUGGGUGAAAUCGUCAACCUGAUGGCCGUGGAUGCCCAGCGUUUCAUGGAGCUGACUACCUACCUGAAUAUGAUCUGGUCGGCGCCUCUGCAGAUCGGUCUAGCCCUGUAUUUCCUCUGGCAGCAGCUGGGACCGUCUGUCCUGGCCGGUCUGGCUGUGAUGAUAAUCCUUAUACCCGUGAACGGAGUGAUUGCCAGCCGCAUCAAGACCUAUCAGAUCAGGCAGAUGAAGUACAAGGAUGAGCGUGUUAAGCUGAUGAACGAAGUCCUGAGUGGCAUUAAGGUCCUCAAAUUGUACGCCUGGGAGCCGAGUUUCGAGAAGCAAGUGUUGGACAUCCGUGACAAGGAGAUCGCAACUCUGCGAUCCACCGCUUACCUGAACGCGGGCACCUCGUUCCUGUGGUCCUGCGCCCCCUUCCUGGUAUCCUUGGUCACGUUCGCCACUUACGUGCUGACCAGCGAGGCGAAUCAGCUGAGCGUCGAGAAGGUGUUAGUCUCAAUCGCCCUCUUCGACCUCAUGAAACUCCCGCUGACCAUCCUGCCCAUGCUGAGUGUUGACAUAGCCGAGACGCAAGUUUCUGUGGAUCGUAUAAAUAAGUUCCUGAACAGUGAGGAACUGGAUCCCAACAGCGUUCUCCACGAUUCCUCCAAACCCCAUCCCAUGAGCAUUGAGAACGGCGAGUUCUCCUGGGGCGAUGAGAUCACGCUGCGCAACAUCAACAUCGAGGUGCACAAGAACAGCCUGGUGGCCCUGGUGGGCACCGUGGGCUCCGGUAAGUCCUCGGUGGUGCAGGCCUUCCUCGGCGAAAUGGAGAAACUUGCGGGCGUUGUCAACACCGUGGGCAAGUUGGCCUAUGUGCCGCAGCAGGCGUGGAUUCAGAAUGCGACGGUGAGGGACAACAUCCUGUUCGGCAAGCCCUACGACCGCAAGCGCUACAACAAGGUGAUCGAGGCCUGUGCCCUGCGCGCCGAUAUCGACAUCCUUUCGGCGGGAGAUCUCACGGAAAUCGGUGAGAAGGGCAUUAAUUUAUCAGGUGGCCAGAAGCAGCGUAUUUCGUUGGCCCGUGCCGUAUACAGUGAUGCCGAUCUCUAUCUACUGGACGAUCCCCUGAGUGCCGUGGACUCCCAUGUGGGUAAGCACAUUUUCGAGGAGGUGAUUGGACCCAAGGGCAUGUUGGCACGCAAGUCACGCGUGCUGGUCACCCAUGGCGUCACGUUCCUGCCCCAGGUCGACAGCAUCUACGUGCUGAAAAUGGGCGAGAUCAGCGAGAGCGGCACCUUCGACCAGCUGGUAAAGAACAAGGGUGCCUUCGCCGACUUCAUCAUCCAGCAUCUGCAGGAUGGCAAUGAAGAGGAGGAGGAACUCAACCAGAUCAAGCGGCAAAUCUCCAGCACCGGAGAUGUCCCUGAGUUGCUAGGCAGUGUCGAGAAGGCCAUUAAGUUGGCGCGCACGGAAAGCUUGUCGGAUUCCAUCUCGGUUACCUCCGCUGACAGUUUAAUGGGCGGAGGCGGAGGAGGAGGAAGUCUUCGUCGGCGGACCAGGCGCCAGAAUUCCCACGACUCAGUGGCCUCAGCCGCUUCGUUGAAGAAGAAGCAGGAGGUCGAGGGCAAGCUUAUUGAAACAGAAAAAUCACAGACCGGUGGAGUGGAGUUCGCCGUGUACAAACAUUAUAUCAAGAGCGUUGGCAUCUUCCUGUCGGUGGCCACGCUGGUGCUGAACUUCGUUUUCCAAGCAUUCCAAAUCGGGUCGAAUCUGUGGCUCACCAAGUGGGCCAACGACCAAGACGUGGGCAACGACACUGGCCUCAGGGACAUGUAUCUGGGUGUUUAUGGUGCCUUUGGAUUCGGUCAAGGUGUGCUAGCGUACUUUGCGGUGGUAAUCGUUUACCUCGGCGGCUUUCAUGCGGCCCAGACCAUCCACAAUGAACUGCUGGCCGUCAUAAUCCGGGGCUCCGUGUGCCGCUUCUUCGAUAUCACACCGAUCGGGCGACUCUUGAACAGUUUUAGCGGCGAUAUGGAUGUGGUCGACGAAGAGUUGCCCGCCACCAUGGAUUCCUUUAUGACCUUUAUCUUUAUGGUUCUGGCUACCAUUGUGGUCAUUAGUCUGUCCACGCCGAUUUUCCUGGCCGUGAUCGUGCCCAUCGCCUUCCUGUACUACUUCGCCCAGCGCUUUUAUGUGGCCACUUCCCGGCAGCUGAUGCGUCUGGAAUCCGUCUCUCGAUCUCCGAUCUACUCGCAUUUCAGUGAAACUGUGACCGGAGCCUCAACAAUUCGCGCCUACAACGUUGGAAAUCGCUUCAUUGACGAAUCCGAUGCCAAGGUAGACAAGAACCAGGUGUGCAAGUAUCCAUCUGUGAUCGCCAACCGUUGGCUGGCCAUUCGCCUUGAAAUGGUGGGCAAUCUGAUCAUCCUGUUCGCCUCGCUCUUCGCCGUGCUGGGCGGUCAGACCAAUCCCGGCCUGGUGGGUCUGUCGGUGAGCUACGCCCUGCAGGUGACCCAAACCCUCAACUGGCUGGUGCGCAUGACCUCCGACAUCGAGACGAACAUCGUGUCCGUGGAGCGCAUCAAGGAGUACGGCGAGACGAAGCAGGAAGCCGCCUGGGAGCUGGAGCAGGACAAGAACAAGCCCAAGAACUGGCCGCAGGAGGGACGCGUCGAGUUCCAGAACUUCCAGGUGCGCUACCGCGAAGGUCUGGAUCUGGUGCUGCGCGGUGUUAGCUUCGACAUCAAGGGUGGCGAGAAGGUCGGCAUCGUGGGUCGCACGGGCGCUGGAAAAUCCAGCCUCACAUUGGCUUUGUUCAGAAUCAUUGAAGCUGCCGGUGGUCGAAUCGCCAUCGAUGGCGUGGACAUUGCCACCAUGGGUCUGCACAUGUUGCGCUCGCGCCUGACAAUCAUACCACAGGAUCCGGUGCUGUUCUCUGGAUCGCUGCGCAUCAACCUGGAUCCCUUCGAAAUCAAAACCGAUGACGAGAUCUGGAAGGCCCUGGAGCUGUCCCAUCUGAAGUCGUUUGUGAAGAGUUUGGCAGCGGGCCUGAAUCACGAGAUUGCCGAGGGCGGCGAGAAUCUGUCGGUGGGUCAGCGGCAGCUGGUUUGUUUGGCUCGUGCUCUGCUGCGAAAGACCAAGGUCCUGGUUCUCGACGAAGCCACCGCAGCUGUGGAUCUGGAAACUGAUGAUUUGAUUCAGAAAACAAUCCGUACGGAGUUCAAGGAGUGCACUGUGCUGACAAUUGCCCAUCGUUUGAACACUAUUCUGGACUCGGACAAGGUGAUCGUGCUGGACAAGGGCCAGAUCACGGAGUUCGCCUCGCCCACGGAACUGCUGGACAAUCCCAAAUCGGCCUUCUACAGCAUGGCCAAGGAUGCCAACCUAGUUUAAGAUCCACGAAUGUCAACUUGAAACUCCACGAAACUCAAGCGGAAGAGUGUGUGCCCCCAACAAAAACCCUAGGAAUAUAGUUGUACGAAAAGAAACUUAUUGAGCGGUAGCUUUAAGCCAUUUGGCACUGACAACUGGCAGUCGGAAAAUGCUCUACCUCAAGGAUAGGACAAGCAACUUAGAAACAAAGAAAAGAAAGCAAACAAACAAAGCAAAAGAAACAAUAACCAGAAGAAAUUAGCAAAUACCAACUGAAUGUUCAUUAGCCUAAGCCAAAUUAAUCAAGCCAGUUGAGCCUUCGUCGGUUACUCUAUGUUCGUUUUUAAUAUGUAUAUGUAUUUACAUAGUCAAGUGUAUUUUUCUAUUGUCUAUUGUACUUAGUUUUCUAUGCAAAAACAAAACGAUGUAAGAGAAGAAGACCAGAAGUGAGAAGCUCUUAAGUAUGUCACAUAUUUAUGUACUUAAAAUUAAAAUCAACAAAAAUGAAAAACCAGAAUGAUACUUAAACUCACUCAAGAAUUGUUUGCCUUCAACUGAUAAGAUCAGUAAUUGAAAUGGUCAUCGUAGUUAAAUAUAUUGAAACUUUUGUAAAAUGUAUACUUAAAUACUGUAAUAAACACAGGGAAUGAAGAAGUGUCAAUAAAUCCCAUUGAAACGA